ACUUCAUAUGGCCACAGAUAGAACAAUGAGUUAUACAAAUAUUUAAUAUGGCCACACGACACUUCCGCCCCAGUAAAAUCGAACCAGUGAGGGGCCUCGGAAGCUACAGAGGCUAGUACUACCCGGGUCGUGGUAAACAACUUCAUUCUCUUCAGGGAUUCCAGGGGGACCAUGUCAACUCUGCCGUGUCAUCGACCCAAUGCCAUUUUCUUUCUGUUUGACUCAAAACACCAACAUCCUCUACCGACUCAGUUAACGCUAGUGAUGGUGAGCAUCUGCAGCGGCUAAAGACAUGGCAGACAAUCUACGACACCAGAGGCCUCGAGCUCCAGAAUCAGAUGCUGGCAGAGCACAAGGGUUCGCGAGAUAAACAUAGAGGCAGUGCAAAGAUAAGCCAACGCAGAAGCCAUUAUCCCUUAUUUUCUCACUUUUAUUGGGCCUGGCUUGCAGCCCAAAGCUGUUUUUUACUGGAUGAAGUGUGUAUAUUAUAGUGUAAGUGGUGUCAGCUAUUGAACGCAGUGACUAUUUAAACUUAACUCUUGUGAAUUCAGCCAGCUCAUCAACAAAACACAAUGGCAUCUGAUGACCACAAGGAGACAGAGAAUGACCUGUCAGAACCCCUUCAAGCGGAUGAUGAGUUAUUGAGUCAGUAUGAGGAGGAGAACCCUGCUAGCACUAACUUCAAAUCCAAAAGUUUACCUGCUCUGAAUGACUCAGGCCAGCAAAGCAAGUCCUUGUUGGCCAAGUCUAUGCAGCAGCAGGUGUCAAUAACGGAGGAAAAGUGCGCUGAAUUAAUCAAACUCCCACAGAGGAUCAACCUGAACCAACCUCUACCUGAAUCCUCCACUAGGACUAAUGUUAACUAUUCCCCUUCCAGUUCUAGUGUGGUGGGGAUGAGUAGUUCAUUUAACACAGAGACACAGGUGAGCAAGCCCAGGAGUAAAAACCCAACGAGGCAAGGCUUCCUCACCUCGAGGUUACCCCUGAUGCGUUUACCCACUAGGAAAUACAUUAAUGCAAUUCUCGAAGACUCUCGCUGUUUUUUAUUUUGCAUGUGCUACCUGACAUUCAUCCAGUCACUGAUGGUGUCUGGCUACCUUAGCAGUGUCAUCACCACCAUAGAGAAGAGGUACAGCCUCCGGAGCUCUGAGUCCGGCCUGCUCGUCAGCUGCUUUGACAUAGGCAGUCUGCUGGUGGUGGUCUUCAUCAGUUACUUCGGAGGCCGAGGGCAGAGGCCCAGAUGGUUGGCAGUGGGUGCGGUGUUCAUAGCCGUCGGAGCAGCACUCUUUUCAUUGCCUCACUUCAUCUCCCCUCCGUACCAAAUCCUGGAGGUGAACUCGUCCCGGGGCAACGAGGGCCUGUGUAUGAACAACAACGGCAGUGGCAAGGACUUCCUGGAUGUGUCUUGUCCCAGAGACCAGGAGGGUAAUGAGCACAACCUGUACGUGGCCCUGUUCAUCAUUGCACAGAUACUGGUAGGCAUGGGGUCGACGCCCAUCUACACCCUGGGACCCACCUACCUGGAUGACAACGUCAAGAAGGAGAAUGCUUCUCUUUAUCUAGCUGUCAUGUACGUGAUGGGAGCCCUGGGUCCGGCUGCUGGGUACCUGAUGGGAGGAGUUCUCAUCGGCUUCUACGUCGACCCCAAGACUAUCGUCAACAUCGAUCAGAGCGACCCUCGCUUCAUUGGCAACUGGUGGAGCGGCUUCCUGCUCUGUUCCAUUGCCAUGCUACUGGUCAUAUUCCCCAUGUUCGCCUUCCCCAAGAAGCUGCCUCCCAGAAACAAGAAGAAGAAGAAGAGGAAAAAGAUCACCCUGGACAACGUGUCCAGCGAUGAUGACAUCACCAAGGAGAAGGCCGACAGCAAGAGUCAGAAAGUUACAUCAUCCAUGGGCUUCGGGAAAGACAUUAAAGAGCUGCCUAAGGCUGCAGUGAGGAUCCUGAGUAAUGUCACCUUCCUGUUUGUGAGCCUGUCCUACACUGCAGAGAGCGCCAUCGUCACCGCCUUCAUCACCUUCAUACCCAAGUUCAUCGAGUCACAGUUUGGCAUCCCGGCAUCCAGCGCUAGUAUCUACACAGGUGUGAUCAUCGUGCCCAGUGCUGGGGUGGGUAUAGUCCUGGGGGGCUACAUAAUUAAGAAGCUGAAGCUGGGAGCCAGAGAGUCAGCCAAGCUGGCCAUGAUCUGUAGUGGGGUAUCUCUUCUCUGCUUCUCUACUCUGUUCAUAGUGGGCUGUGAGAGCAUCAACCUAGGAGGCAUCAACAUACCAUACACCACUGGUCCUACUCUGACUAUGACCCAUCGUAACCUGACUGGAGGGUGUAAUGUGAACUGUGGCUGUAAGAUCCAUGAGUACGCUCCAGUCUGUGGCUCAGACGGAAUCACCUACUUCAACCCCUGCCUGGCAGGCUGCAGCAGUGUGGGCAACGACAGCACAGGAAUCAGGAACUACUCUGACUGUGCGUGUGUCCAGAGCAGGCAGGUCAUCACCCCCUCCUCUAACGGCCAAGUCAACCAGCUGCAGCUGGUCAUCGUCAAGACCUACCUGAACGAGAACGGCUACGCCGUGUCGGGGAAGUGUGACCGCACCUGCAGCACCCUCAUUCCCUUCCUCAUCUUCCUCUUCAUCGUCACACUCAUCACGGCCUGCGCUCAGCCCUCCGCCAUCAUUGUCACUCUUAGGUCCGUAGAAGAGCAGGAGAGACCCUUUGCACUCGGAAUGCAGUUUGUUCUCCUCAGGACCCUUGCCUACAUACCUACUCCCAUCUAUUUUGGGGCGGUGAUCGACACAACCUGUAUGCUGUGGCAGCAGGACUGUGGUGUCCACGGCUCCUGCUGGGAGUACGAUGUCACUUCCUUCCGCUUCGUCUACUUCGGCCUGGCCGCCAGCCUCAAGUUCAUUGGCUUCAUCUUCAUCUUUCUCACCUGGUACUCCAUCAAGUACAAGGAAGAGCGUCUGGAGCGCUGGCUGAAACACCUCUCGCCCAUGGACACGGUGAGCGACCUCAUCUGCCACGCCGGGGGACACAAGGGACACGCCCGUACCCGCUCCUGUCCCGUUAAUAUACCACGCAACGAACCUCCCAUCAUCCCCAUCCUCAACAGGGGCCUCAGCAGCCAGAGCUGCCCGGGGAACAGCCUGAAGAGCCUGAAAGCAUCAACCCCGCCGGCCCCUCGCCCUCCCACUCGCUCUCUGGAACAGGUGUCUGCCCGCGUCUGAGGGCAACUCCUACCGCCCUGCCAUCCACAGUCUCUGCAAUGUCUACCUUUCGUACUCUGGGUUCUCACUCGUAUGGUAUUAUAGGAUACGUUCACACACACAUGCACAAGACGUCACUCAGACAGGCAGCGGUUGGUCAACAUGUAUACAGGAAGACACUGGGAUGGAUACCCCAGUUAGCAAAUCUUCCCUCUACCUAGUAUGUUGGUGUCCUUUUCUCUUUGGUUUGUUUCGGUCAUGGGAGAGAAUGCAUAUCAUCUCUUUAGAAAAGUGCACCUUCGAUACUUCUCGAGAACGAUCGUAGUGAUGGUAUUGUUGCUCCAUUGCUCAGUUUUAGUGUUCAUUCUAAGACCUCAGCAUGACGAGGUGACUGAGCUAAGCAGCUUGGCCAGCGAGCAUAAACUAAAUCCUCUACUAUGCAAGGUCAUUUUCUUUUCCCCUAUUAUUUAAUGGCAAGCUGUAUUAAAAGCACACAUUGAGCAUUGCCUUCCCUUUCCAUGCAAUCUGGAAAUGUCAUUCAGUAUCGCCCCAGACCCGCGUGUAAUGAUGAGUGGUUGACUUGGAAAAGAUGUGUCUGGAUACGUUUGGAAUUGGAACCAUUUCUCCGUGGUUACCUCAUAGACAGGCCCACAAAUAUAUCCCUCGCCUUAGUUCUAUUUCAGACAACACUUGGGCUGCAUCCUAAAUGGUAUUCUAUUCUCUAUAUACAUGCAGUGCUAUACAUUUGACAAUGGCCGAUAGGUCUUUGGUCCAAAGUAGUGAACUACAUGGGGAAUAGGGUGCCAUUUGGGGCACAAGCUAAGUGCACUCAUGAUGACCCCCCUCAGUGUUGCUUCGUGUGCCAUGGGCUUUACAGAACGAAGUCCUCUUUUGCUUACCGAUCUCUUAUUAACAUGUCUUGUUUCAGACAAAAAUCCUAAUUGAAAUGUUUACGUCCCAAAUGGUACCUUAUUCCCUUUAUAGUGUGCCACUUUUGACCAGGGCAAGAGUAGUGCGCUACAUAGGGAAUAAGGUGCCGUUUGGCACACAUACAAUGUUUUAACCAACCAGACUCCCUGCUGGCUCUGUGGUGGAGCAGAACCAGACCCCCUGCUGGCUCUGUGGUGGAGCAGACCAGACCCCCUGCUGGCUCUGUGGUGGAGCAGAACCAGACCAGUGCUGCUUGUGCAAAGAGACUCUGCUGUGCUUCCCAUGAUUAGCUAAUCCACACAAACCAACCACUAUUUCACAUUCGUUAGUCAGUAGUUUAGUAAGUAGCCUCUGUCACCGGCUUUCACCUUACCUUCGAGCGAAGACUAGUAGUCUGGCCAGUAGUUUAGAUUAGCUUAUUAGGUCUGUAACUGGAUGCCUAGAUUAUUUGAUUUACCAACAGCAGGGCCACUUCUCCUAUGUAUUGUGUAACCGAUAAUAAUUAUUAUAAUGUCCAACUACUCACUAUGUCUACGAUAGAGCAUGUCCUGCUGAACAACUGUCAAAGUGAUAUCAAUCAUGGCUGCUGAGGUUGUUUGUUUUGCCUUUUGGUGAAGUUUCUUUUGUAUUUGUAUUGUAUAUUUGUAUUAAUUCAAAGGAAAGCAGACUAAUUUCUUUAGCAGUGCUAAAUCAAGUUUAGGGUUGGGAGUUACUAACUCCCACAGCUCAGUAAUCAAUACAAUUACAUGGACAGAGGCGACCUUAGCACUACUUCUCGGAGACUAGUGAUACAAGCUACCUCUAGCUUGUAUCACUAGCAACAAGAUCGUUGAAACAAGUACUUAAUGGGUGUAACAUGCAAUAUUGAAGUACAUAUUGCUAUUGGUUUUACAGGGUGGUUGAGGACACCUGCUAGUCAGAUGUGGUAAGCAAUAUUGUAGAAAUACUCAAAUGAAGCUGAUGUGUUUCCCCAAGUGAAAUAACUAGACAAAUAUUUGGUGGAAUAAUCUUAAUUUUCAGUUUAUUUUAGCACUUAAAUAUUAGAAGCUAAAAUGAUGCUUUUCUAUGCAUCUAUGUUGAAUUUGGGCAGGUGGAAUAGCACUGAGCCUGUAAAAAACACAUUUCACUACACCUAUCCGCUGUAUGUGACAAUAAAACAUUAUUUUUACUUCCAUGAUACAAUGUGGCUGUUGGUUUAGAGUUAAUAGCUUUAAAACUAUGGGAUAUUAUAACAUGUUACCGUUAGUAUGGAAAGGUACCAUAGCUCUUUAUAGUAAAAUGACUGACAUUGUGAGCUAGAAUAACAGUGUAAUGCAUCCAGUAGUAGUUGUGAUAGACAUAAUUGCUGCAUGUAAUAAUGUUUCACCACCAGACACUAUUAUUAAUGGAAAUAAGUCACAUAACUCUAAGUCAAACAUUCCAUUUCAUGUGAAAGACAAAGUAGAAUACAUAGAGUAAAUCAGGUGCAUAUUAAUCACAAUUCUAGCGAGACUACAUUUUGCGACAAUAAUUCUCCUAACUUUAGUGUUAUUGAAUCGGUUAGUGAAAGGCUACAGUAUUAUGUUUCUCAGUGCCUACUUUUCCUACUAAUUGAUUGAAGUUGAGAUGUUGCUGAUUCUGAAAUGCUCUUGACUUCAUGUAAUGGAACUCAAUGAUAAGGCUGACUUUGGACUGUGAAGAAUUUGACUCUAGGAUUUUUGGUUGACUUGCUGCCAUCAUUAGACCUUUUCAGCCUAUACUGUACCUAUAGUACCAGGAUGUUUGUUGUAGAAUUCUGGUACUCUUGUGAUCCUCACCGUCAAACCUACUGUUCCUCUGGAGCUAGGAGAGAGGAGCUCUCACUCUUACCGCCCCGUGUAGUGCUGUUUAUCAGUCUUUGUAUGUGGCAUAAAAUAAGGAUUUGACCUGGAUGUCACCAUAAGGACAAUUUCAGGUAGAUUUAUGUUCUUUUUUCUUUUUUUGUUGUUGCAGUAUUAUAUUUAUUUCAUUUCAAAUGACAGUGUUUUAAUUACAAGUUAAUGCCUAUGCUAUAUGGUUGACAUCAUAAGAAAGAAAAUGUACAUUGUUUGUGGACACACUGUUUACAAAUUCCUUCGAUACUUGACAUCUGUCAAUUAAAAUUCAGAAAAAUAAAUAUUGAAUUGAAUCGCGA